GCUCUCAAAGACAAAAGGAACUUAGCAGUGGAGCCAGAGGAAGUGGAAGCAAGCUGCACUAUGUCUUUGAACCCUCCCACCAGCAAUGAUGCAUGCCUGAGCAUCGUGCACAGUCUGAUGUGCCAUCGACAAGGUGGGGAGAAUGAGACCUUUGCUAAACGUGCCAUUGAGAGUUUAGUGAAAAAGCUCAAAGAAAAGAAGGAUGAGUUGGAUUCAUUGAUUACAGCUAUUACAACCAAUGGAGCACAUCCCAGCAAGUGCGUUACAAUCCAGCGGACCCUAGAUGGACGACUACAAGUCGCUGGCAGGAAAGGUUUCCCUCAUGUGAUCUAUUCCCGACUCUGGCGUUGGCCAGAUUUGCAUAAGAAUGAGCUAAAGCAUGCUAAAUUCUGCCAGUUUGCAUUUGACUUAAAGUACGACAGUGUCUGUGUCAACCCGUACCAUUAUGAGAGGGUCGUCUCACCAGGAAUUGGUGUCAGUCUCCAGAACACAGCUCCUCCUACUCGUUUGGUGAAAGACGAAUUUGUGCACGAAUGUGUGCAGCUAGAUGGACCGCAAGUCAUGCCACAUCCGGAGGAACAUCGGCUUCAGCCAGUCAAACACCCGACUAACACACGACCAUCUUCUGAAACCUACGUCCAGCCCCUCCCACCUCCAGUACUUUCCUUACCAGAGACAUCUAGAGCCACUGUGCACAGCUAUCCCAACAUUCCAAUGUCUCCUCCUCCUACCAACAAUUCUCUCAUUCCUAUGAAUCACAGCGAGGCUUUAUUACAGAUUGCCCCAUCACUGCAACAGAUGGCGCCUCCCCCAACUCCACCUCCCCCCGCCCCUCCCAAUCCAUCUCAGCAAAAUGGAUAUCCGCCACCAAAACAGCCUUACCAGAAUACGACAGCAACUUGGACAGGCAGCAGCACAGCUGCUUAUACACCAAAUGUGGUGCCCCAACAAAAUGGGCAUGGGCACCACCAACCAUCAGUGCACCACACCAGCCAUUAUUGUCAGCCAUCACAAUCAGCUGUGAUACCCUUCCUCUUGCGUCACACUGCCUCAGCCUCUCAACCACGCACGCCACACAAUGGCUCUUCACAUCACAAUGGAGCAUCCUAUCAGCAGUUGAUCUCCAACCAUCCAGGUCCAGAGUUCUGGUGUUCAAUCACAUACUUUGAAAUGGAUGUGCAAGUGGGGGAGAUGUUCAAGGUUCCCUCAAGCUGCCCAGUAGUGACAGUUGAUGGCUAUGUGGAUCCUUCAGGAGGAGAUCGCUUCUGCCUUGGCCAGCUUUCAAACGUACAUCGUACUGAUGCCAGUGAGAAGGCCAGACUGCACAUUGGUAAGGGGAUCCAGCUGGAGUGCCGUGGUGAGGGUGAUGUCUGGAUGCGAUGUCUCAGUGAUCAUGCAGUAUUUGUACAAAGCUACUAUCUGGACCGAGAGGCAGGCCGUGCACCUGGAGAUGCUGUACAUAAAAUUUAUCCAGGGGCGUACAUCAAGGUGUUUGAUUUGCGUCAGUGUCACCGACAGAUGCAGCAACAGGCAGCCACAGCACAGGCAGCAGCAGCAGCUCAGGCCGCAGCUGUGGCUGGGAACAUUCCAGGCCCUGGAUCUGUGGGAGGCAUUGCUCCUGCUGUUAGUCUUUCUGCAGCUGCAGGGAUAGGCGUUGAUGAUCUGAGGCGUCUCUGCAUCCUCCGUCUGAGCUUUGUAAAGGGCUGGGGUCCAGAUUAUCCACGGCAGAGCAUCAAACACACCCCUUGCUGGAUCGAGGUCCACCUGCACCGAGCACUGCAGCUUCUGGAUGAGGUCCUGCACACUAUGCCCAUUACUGACCCAGGAUCUGUUAACUGACACAAAUCACCUUCCGAGUUUUGUCGUCUUCUUCCUCUUACUUAUUAUCAAACUUGUAAAAUUGAUCACUUGAAUCUGGAACGUCCACAGUCAAGACAGACUGAUACAGCAUAACUUUAUUUUUAUAUGUUUAUCUUAUUGCUUGUUGACCAUUUUCUUUAAAUCAUGGUCAUGAAAAAUUCACACUACAACUACAUUGGAGAUGCUUUUGGAACUUGCUGCCCUUACCUCUACAAAAUGUAUUUAUUUAGUUUUCUAAUUAGGAUUUGCAGCAAAUAACAGAUGAUCUGGUUCCAGUUCAAUUCCUAAUGCGGAAUUUGUUGCAGAUUUACUUGCUCUAAUUUUGGAUUUCCUGUAUAACCGGUUUAUCAGGACAAGAAUCUUCAGACAGUUUUUAGACUUAUGACCUGGGCAGUAGAUACUCAGUGUGACUUUCAUUUUCAAGAACUUAAGCCCAGUUGUUCUGUUAUCAUUCAAUGUCACUAUACUGUGCCACAAUCUAAAGCUAGAGGUGAAAUUGCUGAGGACUGUUUUAACUACUUGAUCUAAUAAUAUAGUACAUCAUGGUAUGCUGCAUAUAUUUUUCUGAAUGGAGUCUUCACAUGGCCAGGUAUAAGUAUUUCAUUAACAGAAGUUGCUGGGAAAUGUCAGCAGGUCUGGCAACUGAUGGUUCUGAGGCAGGGUCACUGGAUCCGAAAUGCUAACUCUGAUUUAUCUUCACAAAUGCUUCCAGACCUGCUGAGCUUUUCCAGCAACUUCUGUUUUUGUUUCUGAUUUACAGCAUCUGCAGUUCUCGUGGUUUUUGAAAGUAUUUCAUAAUCUGGUGAACUUUCUUCCAGAGCAGAUUGAGGAUCAACAGUCUGAAAGCUGCUCCAUUGCCUUUAGCAAAUUGCUUACUGCAUUUGCACCUGACACCUUCCAUCGUUGAAAGAUGAGGCAUUACAGUCCAUCUAGUUCUUUGUCAUUCACUUUUGUUAUUCAACAUUUCAGGCUUGAGGAUAAACUUGAAGCACAUUUGGCUGGAUUAUAUUCACUAACUCUGCAGCAGAGUUCCAAUGAUUGCACAUAUUCUAUUAUUGCAAAGCCUGAAGGCCCUGCCACAAACGUAAUUAUCACAUCUAGGUUCUUGCAAGAGAAGAAGAUUCAACUGUCAGCCUCAGUGAUUUUCAUCUAGGUUUUAUUGGAUUGUGAAUGACUGUAAGCUGAGGUAUUACAAGUCUUCCAUAAGUCCCAGCAUUCAUACUACCUCUCCUCACUUUACUCCCUGUAGUUUGAGCAUUGCAACAGCCGAACAUCAAGUUGUACAGCACAGAAACAGACCCUUCGGUCUAACUUGUCUGUGCCAACAAGAUAUCCUAAAUUGAUCUAGUCCCAUAUUGUUUGAAAGUUGCAUUAGAAUGCUGAUGUGCCACUGUAAUGUCUACAAAUACAGCAUAGAACAAUUCUGAUCUGGCUCUGACGUUUGUGCAGUGCAGAAUUGUAACUGUCUUGUACACCUGGUUUGUUUUUAUCUGGAUUCACUUCUAUUUUGGUCCCUUUCCCAAGUCAACUUGUAGUCAGGACAUGGCCUUUCUGCGAUAUGUUCACUGCAUUACCCAAAAUAGACCUGCCUACCACUUUAAUAGAGAAUCAGUGUACCAGCUAUAUAUAUAGCCAGUGUUUGAUUUGGUCCAAAUGCCUUUAUUCCUCCUAAUUGCAGCUUUAGUGUCCUGCUCUCCAGUAAUGAUUCCCUCCUCAUCAGCUGACACAGGAUGAGGCUCAGUUGUGAUUAUCAUUUUGCUGCCACUUGCUGUCUUUGUUCAUGUAUACAGAUUGUUGCCUAUCUCAAACAACAGCCUAUAGUGGUUAACAUUGCUGCCUCACAACACCAGGGACCCGAGUUGAAUUCCCGCCUCAGGCAAAUGUCUGUGUGGAGUUUGCACAUUCUCCCAGUGUCUGCCUGGGCUUCCUCCGACUGCUCCGGUUUCCUCCCACAGUCCAAAAAUGUGCAGGUUAGGUGAAUUAGCCAUGUUAAAUUUCCCGUAAUGUUAGGUGAAGGGGUAAAUGUAGGGGAAUGGGUCUGGGUGGGUUGCUGCUCAGAGGGUCGGUGUGGACUUGUUGGGCCAAGGGGCCUGUUUCCACACUAAGUAAUCUAAUCUAAAAUCAAGACCGUCAUAAGGGCUGCUUCCUUCAGGAAGAGGAGAUGCUGACCAAAACUUGGAACUAGAUUCAAGGACUGCAUGCUCUAAAUGUAACCUAUGUAUGGCUGAGGAUUCUCUUGAUCAUGAUAAGCUUGAGGUUUAUUAUCAUAUUCUUGGAAGUAGAGUUCCGAAGAGCACCAAUCACACUGAAGUGGAGCAAUGAGGAAGCUCGGUCUUUCUGUCUGCUGUGAGCUCCUCUUUUCUUCUGCUGGCGAUACAAUUGCUAAAUCUCAACUUUCAAAGGAUUGUAAUUAUGAUAUUUGUCUGAUUUCUUGUUUGGACAGUGAAAUGGGAGCUCUAUGGAGUAUUUAAAACAUGGUGUAACCAAUGCUGAAGAGGACAUUACAAUGGGAGCUGCAUUUCAAUUGGCUGUAGCAACUGUUCAGUUUUAAAUGGGACAAGUAAGGAUUGUUAUUUGCUGUAAUUUUUGUUGUACUGAAUGGGAAAAGUAGACUUUUCUGUUGUUCCGUAAUGGCAAUAGUAUGUCUUCUCCAUUAACUUCAUCCUAAUGCGCAGGAUAAAAUCUUAACCAUCACCACUGCUUCCUGUAACAGAAGUGCAUUAACUGCGUAUGUUCGGAGUUGCUUUUCUCCCCCACCCGGCCACCUCACAUUUUGAUCCAGUCAUCCUCUUGUAGGAUUCUUUAUCAAGCUGUGUGUGGUGUGGGAGAGGGUGAAGGGACUGCUUACUGUAAGUCUCAUUUUGUGAUAAUUAUCAAUCUAAGAAGGAUUUUAUCAGUCUAGCACCUGGAAUGUGCACUUUGACAGUCCCAUUUUCCCAUCUCAAAUAGUGUGAUGUACACCCUGAUGUCUCUGAUCUUCCAAUUGGGUAUAAAUUGUAAUUCCUCAAGUUUCCUGUCCAUAGCCCUGACUAUCCUGAUUGGCAGUUUGCCUCUUCUGCUAGAUUGUGUCUCCACCUUCUUUCUGUUCUUAUCAUGCCCUUGGAACAUGUACUAUAAUUUCUCCUGUUAUCCUCUUACCCAAAGCUUCACCAUCCCCAUCCCUUCACCAUGAGCUACCUGGGGCUUGCAUCCUGGUAACCACGCUGAAAUUUUAUCUCCUUCCAAUGUCCCCUCCCACUUCUAAGGAUAAAUCCUGAUCCUUGAACUCUCCAGCACACAGAAGCUGCUGUGGAUGGUGCUGGGGUCAUGCACUCUACCAUCUCAUCUUGCCCUCCAGUGUCCUUGGAUAGUUUGAAUUCUGUGUUGCAGGAAGCAUGCUAAGCUAUCAAAUUAAUGAAUGGAAUUCUUUCAAUUGUGUCAGAAAUUUGAGUAGAACUCAAAGUUGGUUUAGCGGGUUAUAACAUCAGAGUGUCACCUGAGGUACAGUCUAUGGCAGAGAUUAACUAUUAAACAGCUGGCUGUCCUCGACCCAUACAAAUAGAACCUUGUCAAAGAUUGAAAGCAGUUUCAGCAGUUUGAGGCUUGCGGGUGUUCUUCAAGACUUGUUGACCAAUGUGUUCGCUUAUUCUUCUGGAGAUAUCUGACUAAGUGUAAUCUGUAUUUGGCCAAAGCUGACUGAGUAUACUACUGUAUUUCAAUUCCUGCUGCAGCCUUGCAUUUCAGGAGUUGAACGGGGUGGUUCUUUCUGGGUCAUUGUCAGUUAUUGCAAUAGAACUUCCGUGCUGAUCAAGGAAUAUUCAGUGUAAUCUUUGUAGUGCAUAAAAUUCAAGAAUACUGUUAGAUGGGGAUCUCUGAAAGGUGUUUGUUGCCCAAGUUGAGUUAUCGUACAGCUGUCCUGAAAAGCUGAUCUGAUUUUCUAUUCAUUCCAUGAUGGUCAGUGAUACAGAAUAAUGCAUUUUAUCAGGUGCUUUUCCUGGCAUGAUUAGCACCAUUCGUGGCUCCAGUUCUGUUUGCCACGUACUCUUCAGCUAUAUUCUUGUAUACACACAAAGAUUGUGAUAUAGGAGCACAUACCCUAUUCAGGAAUCUGAAAAGGCUUAAGGAUCCCACACAGAUCACAGCAGCUACUAGGUGAGAGGAUGUUUGCUAAUGACCAUGCUCUCAGUACAUUUGAGAGAAUGACCAGCCUUCUGAGUUAUGUCAUGAAGCCACAUUAUAAAAGCUAUGCUGUCACCAUAUCUCCAAGAAUGAAUGCUUGCAAUUGGAUCUGUACAUAAGAUUUGGUUUAACAUCAAAUAUGAGACAACAAUCGCAAGCUUUGAGAAGAUUUGUAGCUCAGGUUGAGGUUCUGGAUGUAGGUUUGCUCACUGAGCUGAAAAACAAACCUUCCAGCUCAGCAAACAAACCUACAUCCACGAAACAACAAUGUAAUACAUGAACAACUCAUCUCCUUACUGUUGAAGCAAUGGGCAUCAUCAAUGAACAUAAAGCCAAUUGAUUCUGCAAUAUCUUUCUUCACUUCCCUGCAACUACCUCCUCACCCAUAUAAAACCAUGGCAAAUUGGUAAGCUGCUUGUCAGUAAGUCAUUGUCCAAACAGAUCCCAAAAGAAAUAUCAGCGCCACACUGCCAUUUUCCUCUUGAGCAGGAGGUAUUUGGGGAGAAGAAAGAUUCUAAUUGCCUUGGUCAGUGGGAGUUUGAACAGAAGAAUCCUUUAAUACUAAACUAUUCCACAUUAAUGUAGCAGUUUUUGCCCCAGAUAUAAACUGUACCCCAGCACAGAAUUAGCUAUGGGAGCACUUAGAUUUUCAAUUAUAUUUCAUGGUAAGGCUUGUUUCUUGUUCUAUUUAUACUUAGUUAUUAAGUAAAUAAUUAAACUGUGAGGCUGUGGUACAAAUGAGUGCCAAUACUCUACAUCUGAUUUGGAAAUUUGUUUAGAGCCUAUUGUAUGUGUAUUGUUCCUGGCAAGCAGUAAUAGGCUUGUCGGUAUUUGAUGUGUGUAAAGAGGAGGUUGAAGCUGCCCUCGUCACGUGUAUAAAAUCUCGUGUCAACAA